AUGGGAUUUUGUGAAAGAUGGGGAAAAUGGAUCCAUGGAUGCCUUUCUAGUGCAACUAUAUCAAUUUUGAUCAAUGGCAGCACUACUAGAGAAUUUGUGCCUGAGAGGGGACUGAGGCAAGUAGAUCCCCUUGCACCUUUCCUAUUUAAUAUAGCAGCUGAGGGACUCACUGGUUUGAUGAGGACAACUGUCUCCAAAAACCUUUUCAGCAGCUAUAAAGUGGGGAGGCAAAAGGAGGAGAUUAACAUCUUGCAGUAUGCAGAUGAUACACUAUUUUUUGGAACUGCAACUACAACUAAUGUUAGAGUCAUGAAAUCUAUCCUCAGAAUUUUCGAGUUGGUUUCAGGACUCAAGAUUAACUAUGCUAAAAGCCAAUUUGGGUGCUUGGGUAAAUCUUUGGACUGGUGCAGGGAAGCAGCUAGCUACCUUAAUUGUGGCCAGCUGGAAUUUCCUUUUUCUUACCUUGGAAUUCCAGUAGGGUCCACCUCUAAAAGCUGGGAUGUUUGGCAGCCUGUCAUCAGCAAGUUUGAAUCUAAGGUAGCCAAAUGGAAGCAGAGAUGUCUCUCUAUGGGAGGCAGGAUAUUCCUAACAGCCCUUCCUAUCUACCUACUGUCAUUCUUCAAAAUUCCUAAAAAAGUGGUGCAUAAGCUGCCUUGGGCUGAUGGUGGGGUACCGUUUAAAGAACGAUUCUCAGAAUUAUACCAAAUCUCUUCCCAAAGAUUGCAUUCUGUUGAAGACAUGGGGUACUUUUCCGAGCAUGGAUGGGAAUGGAAUUUCUCUUGGAGACAUAAUCUAUUUGAUAGCGAGAUGGGGGUAGCAUCAAAUUUCUUAGAGACUAUUGCUGCUAUCAGAAUAUGUGGUACCCUGAAAGAUACCUGGCUGUGGGGAGCUGAACCUAAUGGCAUCUUCUCUACUAAAUCAGCCUACAACCUCAUUAAAGCAGAGCAGCUUUUGGAAGAUCAAGAUUCGGGUUUUCACCAGCUUUGGGAUCUUAAAGUCCCCCCUAAGGUUCUGUCUUUUGCUUGGAGGCUGCUCUAG